AUGUCGACAGAUGCGUUUGAGCCCGGUGAUGACGACGAGGACUCGCCGCUCCCAAGAGGGCUCGGCUUGUCCUGCGCGUACGCGCCCAGCCCCCAAGCGCUAGGAGACGGCACCGCGCAGCCUGUCCACCCCGUGGCUACCGUGCAGGAUCGCAUCAAGCAGCUCGAGGAUCUGGUGGUCGACCUUAUGCAAAAAACAUCAGCGUCGAAUGCGCCACCGCUAGCUUCGUCGAACCCGUCUCCCAGCGCCAACACGCCACUGGCCAUUAACCUUGCCUCGCCGAGGGUAUCGCCGUCCGCCACGCUGGUGGCAGACGAUACCCACCGAGUCAACUCGCCAGACUCGGAUCACGGCAGCCUGCGGCUGACAAAAUCCGGAGCAAGCUAUGUCCACGGAACGCAUUGGGCCGCCGUGCUGGAUGGCAUCGCAGAGCUCAAGGAUCACUUUGACAGGGACGACGAGUCGCAUCGCUACCAGGGACGAAAUAUUGGCGUCGAUACCGCCUCGCCAUAUUAUGGACAGGCUGGUGUCGCGUACCAGGAAUUCUGGGCCGAUAGCUCGGAAACGCCAAUCAUUUGGAUCGGCCUCUUGUUCAGCAUCAUAUGCCUCGCAACCCUGUUUGAACAGUUUCAGCAAGGUCCGCAGGAUCAGGUUCCUGGAAUGCCUUCCAAAAGCGAACUCCAAGACAUGGUGAGCAAUUUCAGGCUCCGCAUCGUGCAAUGUCUUAUCCUCGGCGACUACACCAAAGGGGGCGUGUAUGUGUUGGAGACACUGUUGCUAUACAUGGCCGUCGAACUGUUUCUUCGGAAAGAUGCCGAGAUUGGCAUCUGGAUCCUUCUCGGCAUCAUUGUCCAGCUGUCCAUGCACAUGGGCUACCACCGGGACCCCAAGAACCUCCGCGGCAUUUCGCCCUUUGAUGGCGAGAUGCGCAAGCGAGUCUGGGCCACGGUGUUGGAAGUGCAAUUGGGAAUCUCGAUGCAAAUGGGCCUUCCGCGACUGAUUGCGCAGUGGCAGACCAACACCACGGAACCGUCCAACUUGCAGGACAACGACUUCAACAAGGACACAGUCAGUAUGCCUGCGUCACGGCCAGAAACAGAUCUUACGCCCAUGGUCUUUCGCAUCGUCAAAGCCAGGAUGAUGACAGCCAUUGGCUACAUUUGGGACUUUGCCGCCGACACGAGAGCGUGCAGCCAUGAAGAAACGGAACACAUGGAAAAGAAUCUCCAAGAAGCCCGCGCCUCGAUUCCCGAGUGCCUCCAGUGGCAGUCCAUGACAGACUGCAUCAUGGACGCGCCGCACGUCAUCAUGCAAAAGAUUUGUCUCGAAAUCAUGUUUUACCGCGCCAAGCUCGUCCUCCACCGCAAAUACCUGCACCUCUCGCAGUCCAACGCCGACUACCGCCAAUCCCAGACGGCAUGUCUCAGCGCGGCGCUCAAGCUGCUCGCGUACCAGCAAAUGCUCGAGGAGGAGACGCAGCCGUUCUGCCAGCUGCACCACGAGCGGUGGAAGGUGUCUUCGCUGGUCAAUCACGACUUUCUUUUAGCGACCAGCGUUCUCUGUCUCUAUCUGAAGCAGUCGGCGGGCGAUGCCAAUGCGCAAGCAGAGUCUCCGACUGCGCACGACAUUCGCACGGCGCUGAACCAGGCAUAUGACAUUUGGCUGCAGUCAAGCGAUACCUCGCGAGAGGCGUGGAAGGCAGCGAAAGCUCUGAGCAUUGUCUUAUCACAGCCAGGACCUGGUAAUGUGCGUCACGACGAGCAGCUGCUUUCUUCUUCACAUGCACAGGACGAUUAUUUCGAACAAUUUAGCCUUCAGUUCCCUCUACUAGAUGGUUCUGUUCUGAUGGACUGGCCCUUUGCGAACAAUAAUGCCAUGUAUACUUACUAG